AGGGAGGAAAAAACCCUUAAAUAUUUGUUGUUGCCCGCCAACUGUGUGGCCCGACACCGUACGAGUUUUAAUACAGAAAACACGGAACGCGACAACGGAAUAUUUUGAAGAAGCAAAGACGAAUUGAUCGUGAAAAAUAUAAGCAAGUGGACUGCUACAUCGCCGUUUAAAAUAAAAAAGCAACCGGGGUAAGAUCUAUAUAGCUACAUAUACUACUAUAGUGUAAAUAAAAUUUGUCUAGACAAAAAUUAUGCUUUGAAAUACCCAAAAAGUAUCCUUCUGUUUAUGUAAUCGUCGCUAUGCUCAACAUAUCAUUUUGUUAUUCAAAUUUUCAACCGGUUUCCAGCAGUCACGCUGACGCAUGGAACUCCAUGAUGUGAAAACUAUAUGCGUGUUAGUUUUAAUUAAACAGUGGGGCUGAUAUGAGAAAAACGGUAGCAAGAUGAAAACACUUCUCACUAACCACUGUAUACUCCGUUGUCGAUAUAUAGGCUAGAUUUUGAGAGCUUGAUAUCUUAUCAUUGAAUCAAGUACUUCGCUUUCCUAAAACAAUAAGAUUCCGUUCAUACGCGGGAAAGGAAGUAUUCGGAAGAUUGUUCAAAUUUUUACGAUUUUGCCUGUUGAUUUUACACGGGUGUCAGUCAACCACACAUGCAGUUAUAAAGCGUAUGGAAUUGGAUCACGUUUUGCGUAUGGAUUCAAAUUCGCACUGUUGUAUAUUCUUACAAUGGAAAUAUAUAUCUUCCUCAAAGAUUAUAUGAUGACAGAAACAGUAGCAAGAAACAAUAUUUUCAUUAUUUUAUAUUUUUGUGUCUCUUAUAGAUCUAGCGAUAAUUCAAGGAUCCGUUUUCGCUAAUUGUUGCACACAAGCAUGCAAUGCCAAUGUCAUGAACGACCCGUGAAUAUGACAUCAAGGCAACAACCACUAAAACGAUUAUUUCAAUUACAAAUUGACGAAAUAUCCAACAAUCUUAUCAUAAGAAAAACAUCUUAUUAUAUGAAAGCUUUACAAUGAAUAGGUUUAAAGCUAAUACGACCUUAAACUAUUGUUCAUAGAAAUGUUUAGGAAGAUUAUCCAAUAUAUCAUGCGGAUAAUAUUCGCCUUGUACGUAAGUACAUGACGGAGUAACGGGUCUGAAUUAUAUAUGCACAGGCUGAUCAUUUAUUCAUUUCUUAUCGACCUUCAAAAAUAACAUAUUGGAGAUUUCAAGGAAACAGGUAAAACUUUAAGAGGAAAAUUCACUUUGACAUUUUAGAAUGAAUAAAUUCUUCACUUUAAUAUUCAAAGGUAAUAUAUUCUUCACUUGUCGCGUGCGUGCUAUUACAGGUCUAAGUUACACAGUAUACAUCUGUUGACAAAGCCCAUGACGCGCUAUAGAUUAAAUUUGAGAUUAUCGCAAUUCAAGUUGGACAAUUUGGUUUGCUCUGUCAUGUAGUUUUAGCGGAUUUCGUAACGUCUCGUCCUUGUGAUGCCCCUGUAAUAUACGUAUACUACUUAUUACACUUCUUAGACUAUUCGGACACAGCCCUUAUCAAUUUGCACACACAGCCAACUAACCGAACGAACUUCCUGCAGCUGGCCAGAAGUUACACUUAAGGUGACUCUAUCGCUUAUUUAAGGUAGCUCUGCUACUAUGAAGCUGUCUAGUGUCUACCAUAUAAAGCUGUAUUCAAUGUAUGUCCAAUUAUUUUUACAGCUAAUUCCGUUUCCGUGAUCAACUUUUCAUUAUCAGAUGAACGGGAUGAAGACCAAGGCAGUGGCGUUAGCUUCUAACGCCUACAUCAUCAUUAAUGUCAGUGGUCGACGUUUUAAGACAGAUGAAAAAAUAUUGGAAAGAUAUCCAGGUAUAAAUACAAAGAGGAAAUAUUAAUGUUGCUGGAUUUUUACUGUUAUACUGUGUAUGUUUUGAAAGUUCUUUUGGGUUAAAAUUCCAACGGAUAAAAAAUAUUAUCCUUUCUUUCUUGCAGAAACCUUGCUUGGCGGAAAAAGACGGUACUACUACUUCGACUGUAAAAGAGAAGAAUAUUUUUUUGACCGUGAUCCGGAUAUUUUCCCACACAUCCUAAACUUCUACCGCUCAGGAAACCUACACUACCCGCCUAACGAAUGCGCCGAACUGUUUGAAAGCGAACUAAGAUUCUUUGGAAUCUUCACUGAAGACAUAUCACUUUGCUGUGCGGAGAACUAUGAACUGUUGAAAAAUAAAACUGACAAAUAUAGAGAAGCGAAAUCCAAGCAAAAAAUCAUGGCGGCCGCUAGAGCUCGAAGAUUGAAGCAUAUAAAUGGAUAUAAAGAGAAACUUUGGUUUAUUUUCGAGCAGCCUGGUUUAUCAACUCCAGGACUUGUUGUCUGGGGUGUGACAAUAUUAUUCAUAUUAACAACUGUAGUAAGUUUGAUUUUAGAAACUGUCCCAAAAGAGGACGGCACUUGGGGCUCGGAACAUCGCGAGGAUUUUAACUAUUCUGAAACGAUUUGCGUUGUAUUUUUCACCAUCGAAUACAUCAUAAAACUUUACUCUUCGCCAAACCGUUGGACGUUUGUGAAACAGUUUUCAAAUAUCAUCGAUCUUUUGUCAAUCUUGCCGUUCUAUUUUGGCAUAAUUCUCGGCGACCGUGGUAACAGUCGCUUCUUCGUGAUACUGCGCGUGUUGCGAGUUACGAGAGUUUUAAAAAUUUCCAAGUUUUCUGCCGAAAAGAUGGAACAGCAUGGGAAUUUACUGAAACAGAAUCAAGGUGAACUCACUCCAUUGUUAGUGUGCUUUAUCACAGUCCUUGUCAUCUUCUCCACCGUCAUAUACUACAGUGAGAAAAAUGAAGAUAGAUUUCCCAACAUUCCGGCAUGUUUUUGGUACACCAUCGUCACGAUGACAUCGCUAGGGUGAGUCAUGGACCGUUUGUUCAUAGAUCUUCUUAAAUUUGCUUGAGU